CAAAGGAAUUUGAUCUGUGCCCCAGACUGGCUCAGUAAGAACGAAGAGGAAAGAACAUGGGUUUUUUGCUUCCAAUCCUCCUGGCUUUGCUAGCCUCUGUGCUGGGAGGCCUCUACUUCCUUGGGGCCUUCAGGCAGCGUCGACCCGGGGAACCCCCACUGGACCGGGGCCCAAUCCCCUGGCUGGGCCACGUUAUGGAGUUCCGUAGGGACACAGCAAAGUUUCUGGAGAGGAUGAAGAGGAAACAUGGGGAUAUUUUCACCAUACAGCUGGGAGGAUUCUAUUUCACAUUCCUCAUGGACCCUCUGUCCUUCGGGACGGUCGUGAAGGAGGCUCGCGCCAAGCUGGACUUCACCAAAUUCGCACAGCAGCUGGUGCAGAAAGUGUUUGGUUACCACUCCAUGGAGAAUGACCACAAGUUUCUGCAGAUGUCCAGCAACAAGCACCUGAUGGGUGAUGGUUUAGUGGUAAUGACACAGGCCAUGAUGAGCAACCUACAGAAUCUAAUGCUGCACAGUGUAGGGACAAAGCAUGAUAAAAAUAAGACCUGGAAUGAGGAUGGCCUGUUCAACUACAGCUACAAUAUUGUCUUCAGGGCAGGCUACCUGGCUCUGUUUGGUAACGAGACACCCAAAUCCACGGGGAGCUUAGAGAAAGCCAAAGAGGUCGACAGAGAGGAGUCCCAGGAGCUCUUCCGUGAGUUCCGUAAGUAUGACCAGCUCUUCCCCAAUCUGGCCUAUGGGGUCCUGCCUCCAGGGGAGAAGAGGGAGGCAGAGAGGCUGAAGAGACUGUUCUGGAACAUGCUGUCAGUGCAGAAGGUGAGGACCAAGGAUAACAUCAGUGGCUGGGUGCGCGAGCAGCAGCAGGUGAGGGAAGAGCAUGGCAUGGAGGACUUCAUGCAGAACAGGUACAUGUUCCUCCUCCUUUGGGCCUCCCAGGGGAACACCGGCCCUGCUGCCUUCUGGCUUCUCCUUUACCUCAUGAAGCACCCAGAGGCCAUGAAGGCUGUGCAGGGGGAGGUGGAGGAGGUGCUGAAGGAGACAGACCAGGAGGUGAAGCACGGUGGACCCCUCAUCGAUCUGACCCGGGACAUGCUGCUGAAGACGCCCAUUCUGGACAGCGCUGUGGAAGAGACCCUCCGCCUCACUGCUGCCCCUGUCCUCACCAGGGCUGUGCUCCAGGACAUGUCCCUCAAGAUGUCUGACGGAAAUGAGUACCGCAUCAGGGAGGGAGACAGGGUGGCCCUUUUCCCUUACACCGCUGUUCAUAUUGACCCAGAGGUCCACCCCGACCCACUCACCUUUAAAUACGACCGCUUCCUGACCCCAGAGGGGGGUAAAAAAUCUGAUUUUUACAAAGGUGGGAAGAAGUUGAAGUACUACAACAUGCCGUGGGGUGCUGGGAUCACCAUGUGCCCUGGGCGCUUCUUUGCCACCAACGAGCUGAAGCAGUUUGUCUUCCUCAUGCUCAUGUACUUUGACUUUGAGCUCAAGAACCCAGAGGAAAAGAUACCUGAUAUUGACAUAAAGCGCUGGGGCUUUGGAUCCAUGCAGCCAACCAAAGACAUCCAGUUUAGAUACAGACUCAGGUUUUAAAACUGAGUGACUGACACAAACCAGCCUUUAGCAACACUUUGAAUCUAAAUGUCAAUUUUCCGAGCUGUUAAUCUGAUGUUGAUUAUUAUAAACUAGCUUGUGCCUAAACAUGACUUUAUCUAGAGUACAUAGUACAGCAACAAGUGGUACAGUAUUACAAUACUGGAUAUAAUUGUUGUAUUUAUUAGAGGAAAAAUCAUCAACUUUGUCUCUCAAAAAAAACAUCUUUAAGGAUUAGUUUUGAGUCAGCUGGAAAGCUGACAUGAGCAGAAAAAAGAAAGACUGUAAAGCUGGUUUACAGAUAGUAUUAGAAAUGCACAGAUGUUCAGAACCAACUACAUGUAGGAGUUGAGUUGACAAUUAUUUUAAGAUACUGCUGUGUACCAGAUUGCAGGGGCCUACCCACUGGUGAGCCUAUUAAUGUACAAUCUGAUUAGCUGGGCCUGGCUCCUCAGUGUGUGCUGCAUGGACCCAAAGCCCCAGCGCUUUAUGUCAAUAUCAGGUAUCUUUUCCUGAUAUUCAGGUUUUAAAACUGAGUGACUGACACGAAUCAGAUUGUACAUUAAUAGGGUUCAUAGCUUUCACCUGGAUUCACCUAGUCGGUCUAUAUUAUGGAAAGAGCAGGUGUUCCUAAUGUUUUGUACACUCAGUGUAUGUCACAGUGCUUCUAUGGCUAUAUAUACCAUGCCACUGCCUAUUUAAUUUGUAAAUUUAGCAAACAAGACAGCUCAUCAUCUUGCAAUAUAAGAACCAUUGCUCUUUAAAUAACAUUGUAAUGUUAAGCAUUACAUCUUUGCAUUACAUCUUUGUGUUUUUUUCACACACUGAGGAGCCAGGCCCAGCGAAUCAGAUUGUACAUUAAUAGGGUUCAUAGCUUUCACCUGGAUUCACCUAGUCGGUCUAUAUUAUGGAAGGAGCAGGUGUUCCUAAUGUUUUGUACACUCAGUGUAUGUCACAGUGCUUCUAUGGCUAUAUAUACCAUGCCACUGCCUAUUUAAUUUGUAAAUUUAGCAAACAAGACAGCUCAUCAUCUUGCAAUAUAAGAAACAUUGCUCUUUAAAUAACAUUGUAAUGUUAAGCAUUACAUCUUUGUGUUUUUUUCCUCCUGUCAAAUGUAAUAAAAUAUGCUUUUAAAGCCUU